GGCUGCUGUCCUUUUUCCUGGGGCAUCUUAAACCUCCGAGGAUUAGUCACAGGGGACCAGACAUGGCCGACACUUUAAGGAGACUGACCAACACAUCUUCCUUCAGUGUCUUACAGGACAAGCUUGAGAGCUGGCACAAAGACUACCAUGUCAUUUCCUGUGACCAGAAUCUGAAUAGAUGUUGUGAGCUGAUUGAAUUAACAGCCAAGAUCCAGGGCCAGCUGUUUGCUAUCCUCAACCUGACAGCUGCAGAAGGUGGACACUAUGCUGGAGUGGAGACUCUCAAAACGCGCCUGCUGCCGUGGCUUGGAACCUGUUUCUCCAUGGCAAAGCCCUCGGUCACUGACGACACCAGUCUACAGCUCAUCCAGCAGGACUCGGUGGAAAAGGACAGGAGGAUCCGGGAGCUCUGUGCCUCCCAUGAGAACGACAUGCAGAAGAUGGAGACUCAGCUGUGCUCCUCUCGCUUGCAGUUGGACUCUGUCAGAGCAGAAUUGGUUGAUGCUCACAAGGAGCUGGAUGAGAUAAAGAGCAAAUCAGCAACCACUCUGCUGGCCACCGAAGAUGAAAUAUUACAACUGAAAGCAGAUUUGCGAUGUGCACACGAGCAGGUGGAGAUUUAUAAGAGGAAGCUGGACGCUCUCGAUGACUACGAGCAUCAGAUUCGCCUGCUGAGAGAUGAAGUGUCCUACCUGAGCACAGAGAAGGCCGUGCUGCAGGACAGGCUGGUGAGAAGUCGUUCUCCGAGCCCCUUGCCCAGACUCAGCAGCUGCUCCAGCCCCAUGAGGAGUGAGUCGCCCACCAGAGCCCAGCUCACCAACUCCUCCCGCCACGCACGCCUCGUGUCUCGCUUCAGUGACCUGUACGCCGUGGAGCGUCUGGAGGCCCAGACCCUGCUUCGACGUUACAUUGCUGAUUUGGAGAUGGUCCAGAAAAUCAUCUUCAUUGCUGUCGUGGAAUCCUGUAAGACAGCAAAACUAGCCUACCGUCAGUUCAAGCUGCGUGUGAAAAAGACCUUGUCCCCAUCCCACUAUGGGCCAGAGAGUCUCGAGGACGCGGCUGUGGACUACAUCGUCAGAAAUCUGGACCUGUACGAUGUACAGGACAGUGUCAAUACUGUGAUCAACACCAUGAAUGUGAACCCUCGCAUCUCCUUCCCGCCAGAAGUGGACUUUGUCCUCAUCAGUACCUUGAUCAGGGAGACCUGCAGGGUGGCCUUUGCCAUGCAGACUCUGGAGCCCCCGCUGGACUUGGCCUUUGCCAGUGAUGGAGAACUUUACAAUGACAACAAGUAUCGUCGUAGCUAUGACUCAGAGUUCGCUGCUCCUCUGGUUAUGUACCAUGUGUGGCCGGCCUUGAUGGAAGGAAAUGCUGUAAUAGUGAAGGGCGAGGCUGUGACCAGAAGAGGUGCUCUGUGGAGUAGAAGCCGCAGCCAGAGCAGGAGUUCCAGCCCCGUGCGCUCUCGCUCUCUCAGCCCGACUCGCAGUCUUGCAUUUAACAGCAAAAGAAGCUUGUCUCCUCAACGUCUCACAGCUAGCUACCUGUGAACUCUGCAGAAUCCACACCAGUGCUUCACCUCCACAAAAUAAUGUCUCACAUAUUUUGAAUUCUGAUUUCACCUGUGGGGUUGUACCGUUGUCUGCUUUCACCAAAUAAUAAAGCAAUGAAAUACUGUACUGUACUCAACCAAAGGCUGUGCAGAGUUUACAUGGUACAUCAUAGAUGAAGCAAAACGGCCUGGCAGCUAACGCAGCAGUUAUCUUAGUUUACUAUAUUUAGUCUGUUAAUAGGUUUUUGAUAGAAACUAACAGUGUUUUAGUGAGAAUCAGAAAAGUACAUCUAUCAGGUGAAAACUAGACCUGCACAGUAGCACUUUUCUUAGUCUGAGCUCAAUACAGCAACAAUUCAAAAUGUAGUCGCCUCUUUACUUUCAACAGAAGUCAACGUCCAUGUAGCUGCAGGACAGAUAGCGUGGUGCUAAUUAUCAGUGCUAACUUCAACUCCUCCAGGACUUGAGUGACUGAAAUUGGUCAUUGUGAUUUUUUUGUGUUAACGAUUGCUGUUUUUUUUUCUUCUUAUUUUAAUGUUUUUGGUGCUGUUGUUGAGAACUUACAUGAAAUGACCUCGUGAGGCUUCAGACCUUUCCAUGAUAGCCUGUUUAAAAUAGGCCAUAUAUAUAAUAACUAGUAGUUAUCAUAGUAGUAUAAUAUAGUAGUUUGUCACUGUGUGCAGUAGCUCGUUAUUUUGCAGCAAUUUCUGGACAAUAUUGUAUUUAUUAUUUUCUCAUUUACAAUUCAUGUUGUGCAUAUCACCAGUCACAUUAUCAUAUCUGAUGCUACUGUACUUCAUUUGCCUUUUAAUGGCUUGACUAGAAAAAAGAAUAAAUUUCACUAUGAUUUAAUUUGUGUUGUGAGAUGAAAAUAUUCUGUGUCUGUGCUU